GUGACUGUGAGUGUCUGUGUGUGACUGUGAGUAAAUGAGUGUGUGUUUGUGUGUGUGUGACUGUGUGUGACUGAGAGUGUGUGUUUCAAUGUGAGUGUGUGUCUGUGUGUGAAGAGGAGGCGGAGCCGUUCUUCAGUCUCACAUUGAACAAACAGCAGAAUUAAAGGAUUUGAUCUGAAUUCAUUCAAACAGGAUUCAAAGAUUCAUUCUGGACAAAUUCAUGUGAAGAUGAAGUUCGGGAACAAUUUCUUCACACUGAACGUUGGCGGUCGCAGAUUUUCCUUCUCGGCAGAGAUGAUGAAGCGACUUCCUCUCAGCAGACUCAGUCGACUGCAUCGCUGCCUGUCGGACACCGAGCUGCUGGAGCUCUGUGACGACUAUGACCACGAGCGCAAUGAGUUUUUCUUUGACCGGCACUCGGAGGCCUUCAGCUUCAUCAUGCUCUAUGUGCAACAUGGAAAACUGCGCUUUGUGCCACACAUGUGUGAGAUGUCCUUCUACAAUGAAAUGCUCUACUGGGGCCUGGAGAGCGCUGACCUGCAGCCGUGCUGCCAGCGACGCCUCGACGACCGCAUGUCUGACUGCUUUGUUCACUUCUUCCCAGAGGAAGGGCCCCGGGAGGCUGACGAACCCCAGAGCUGCUGGCUUGAGAGGAUGAGGAGGAUGUUUGAGGAGCCCACGUCAUCGCUGGCAGCGCAGAUCCUCGCCUCGGUGUCGGUACUGUUUGUGCUCAUCUCCAUGGUGAUGCUGUGUGCCGGCACCUUACCAGACUGGAAGGUGACCCUGGACCAGCACAGGAUCAUUGAAGCGGUUUGUAUUGGUUGGUUCACGGCUGAGUGUGUCAUCCGUCUCCUGGUGUCUCGUGAUAAAUGUGAGUUUGUCCGUCGUCCUCUGAACAUCAUCGACCUGUUGGCCAUCACGCCGUACUACGUCUCCAUCACUGUGACCAUCCUGACGGGGGAAAACUCUCAGCUGCAGCGUGCCGGUGUCACCCUGCGUGUCCUGCGUAUUAUGCGGAUCUUCUGGGUGAUCAAGCUGGCGCGUCACUUCCUGGGUCUGCAGACGCUUGGCCUGACGCUGCGGCGCUGCUACCGUGAGAUGGUGAUGCUGCUGGUCUUUAUCUGUGUUGCCAUGGCAAUCUUCAGCGCGCUGGCCCAGCUGCUGGAGCACGGGCUGGACCUGGAGACUGGAAACCAGGACUAUGCCAGCAUCCCUGCUGCCUGCUGGUGGGUUAUCAUCUCCAUGACGACGGUGGGCUACGGUGACAUGUACCCAGUGACGGUGGCUGGACGGGUGUUGGGUGGCCUGUGUGUGGUGAGCGGCAUCGUGCUGCUUGCUCUGCCCAUCACCUUCAUCUAUCACAGCUUCGUCCAGUGCUACCACGAGCUCAAGGUGCGGUCCACCCGCUGCAGCCACAGCCUCGCCAACGACCUCUGACUCAGCAGUUUAUCGACCGACCACGGAGAAAAGCGAUCUGAAGUCAGCUUCCUCUCAGGAUCACAGCUGAGUCAUCAGAAAGGGAC